UUGUUUAUGUUUAUUUUUUAAAUUAAACUUUUUAAAUAUGUGUUCAUAAAAAUAAGUUAACGUAUCCUAUAAAGCGAAGUAUUAGAUUUUUUAAAUAUGCGCAAUAACACCUUAGAGUCAAAUAAAUAAUGAAAGUAUUUUAUUAAUUAAUAUAAUAAUGUAAUUGUGUAUAUUUUUACCGAUAAUCGUAUUAUUGGCUGGGAAAAUUAAAAAAAAAAUCCACUGUUUAUUUUUUUACUAUACAUACACCAAAUAGAAGCAAUGAACUGUAUAUUCUUCCAAAAAGUUUUGUUGUUUUAAUUGUGAUCCUCAGAGCUAAAAUAAUUUUUAUAUUAAAAUGGAAAUAAAGGAAGGAAUUCUUAAUAAUUUAUUGUGUAUGUCAUGUCUGUGUGUUGGGCGAUGUAUCCAAGAGGUUAAGGAAGAAAGAUUAAAGCAGUAUUAUUUAGAUUUACUCAGAGAAAUUCCUUUGAAUGUAGACCUUCCAUCCCCAUGGCUCUGUUGGGAGUGUGUAUCCCUGUUACAAAGAGUGGUGGCGUUCAGAGAUCAAGUGAAAGACUCAUAUAGGAUACUACAAACUUAUACUAAGGAGAAUUUCAAUGAAUGCCUGCAAAGUGAUGUGUCGAGAUCUCCACGGUUGAAGUUGGCUAAACAAUUAUGUAUUGAUAUACCGCCUGAAGAUGUGAAGUUUGCAAUUGACGAAGAUGAGUUGACUCCGAGGAAUAAGAGUUUUAAUAUAGACUUGGAACAUGAACUCGAAGAGGUCCACACGGUCAUAUGUGAUGUACAGCGAGGACAGGGGAAGAUCCCAAACAACGGAGGUCUGUUCUUGAACGAGGAUGAUCCGAUGUGUACCCAACACGACGUCAAGAACGAGCCGUGCGAAGAUGUAUUUACUGAGAAAAUGAAAAUAGAAGCCGUCGAUGAAUCGAAUUUGACCCUGAAGAGAGAGAGAAAGAAGUUAAAUCAUAAAAUAAAGCGACCGGAAGUUAAAGAUUACUGUGAGAACGGAAGUAAUGAAAUAAUUGAGGUCAAAAUUGAGAAUUAUGAAGGCAAGGUUUCAUUUAGGAGAGAAGACAUCUCGGAGAAGAACAAAAAAGAUGUCAAGAUAAGUAUUGAUGAAAACAAGAUGGAAGAAGAUAACGAAGACACGAAGGACAAGGUUACAGACACUAAGUGCGUUAAGAAUCAAUACUACAAAACUGUGCAUCUCUCCUACGAGGAGAUGCAAGCGGAGAGACAGAAACUGCGCUGCGCGGAGAGUUUCUUGAGCUCUCCGUAUAAAUGCGAGUCUUGCAUACUGGUUUACAACAACCAGAGGUCGCUGAAGAUUCAUAGAGAAAAGAGACAUUCAGUCGCAGGUAAAUAUACCUGUUCCGUUUGCGACAUAAACGUAUCCUCAGCUGAUGAAUUCACGUCACACUACAGGCGGCACAUGAGGACCUACGAAUGUACAGUUUGCAACGAAAGGUGCGCGUCUAUCAAAGAUAUACAUAAGCACUUGAAAGAGCACAGCGUGUAUAUAAAAUCGUAUACAUGUGAUGUCUGUGCUGUCGUUUCUAAUUCAGCGGCAACACACAGGUACCACAAGGAAAAGCAUCACUCUAACAAACCGAGGAUAGAGUGCGCCGAUUGUGAUAAAACUUUCAGUCAUCGAGCCGGGCUAAUGAAUCACAGGUUGACUUUUCACGAGUAUCAAAACAAGUUCCCCUGCAACGUGUGCAACAAGAUAUUCAGGUGGAAAACUAGUUUAAAACGGCAUUUGAAGAAACAUAAUGAGUCUAAGGAUAAUCGCAGUAAAGCCUUCUGUGCUAAAUGCGACAUCGUGUUCUCGUCUGUGUGUUCGUUGCAGCGUCACCUCAGGAACAGUUUGAAACAUGUCACUAGCGAUCAAUUGAAGUUCAUCUGCGACCACUGCAACCAUAGAUUUGCUGACAAGACGAAGCUGAGAGACCACAUUGAAGAGAAGCACCUGUUCAGGACCUACCAGUGCCAUAUCUGCCAUAAGCCGUCCAAGAACAGGGUCGGACUGGAACAGCACAUACGAACAGUGCAUAAGGGAAGGCCGAAUAACAGGAUGUGUCACCACUGUGGCAAAGGGUUCCCCACAAAGGUCCAACUGGAGUCUCAUAUCCGUACACACACUGGCGAGAGGCCUUUCAUGUGCGAGUACUGUCCCACGACCUUCUCCCAGCAGUCGAACCUCUAUAAACAUCACAGACAGGUACACCUUAACAUAAAAUCGAAGAGGUAUCCUCUGUGCAGGAAACGGAAGGAUAACAAUCAACCGGAUGUGGCCGUCUUCACACUUCCGGUCCACUUUAUGCCGGAUAACGGAUAUGCUAUAUAAAUAUAUUAUAUAUUGCUUUAUUGC